GAACCUAGAGCCGAACUGUAAAUAAACUGGUUCCCCGCUGAUUGGUGCUACACACAGGGUACUAAUUUACUGUUGACCUCUCGUGUGUAGCCAAAUCGGUGUGUAGCACCAAUCAGCGGGGACCAGUUUAAAAUAACUUUGGAUCGGUUUCGGCUUUGGAGUUUCGGUCGUACUACAUUUACCGCUUACCGUUUUAAGCUGUGAACCAGUUUAGGAAAACACGCAGAACACAUUUUUCUUGCUGAAGAUGAAUGUAAAUUUAUGGAAAAGAUGCGAGACUCUGAUUAAGCAUGUUGACCAGUGUUGGUCAAUUACCACAGGUAAUACUGGGCCACUGAGGACUUUGAAGAGUAGCAGACAGGUCCCAUUCAGACCUCCCAUGUCAUUUUGUGUACAGAGAUACUUUCAUGUACAGUCUAUUUAUCUGUCUAACAGAGCAAAGGUAUCCAGUGAGGUGACAGAGACAGAGGGAAUACAGAGGUCACAGGAGAUUGUCCAGGCUGUCAAUAGCAGCAUUAACUCUGAGGACCUUGGCAGGUUGUUCGCAGUGGUGCACUUGGCGGGAUUUCAGAGAAAGGUCACAGUUAAUGACAUUGUUGUUGUGGAGACCAGCUCCUACCCCACAGUAGGCACCAGGGUCAAGCUGGAGAAGGUACUUCUGGUGGGCAGUAAAGAUUUCACACUAUUGGGGAAACCCCUUCUCAGUCGUUCAGUUGUAAACAUUGAGGCAACAGUGAUAGAAAAAACGCUCUCCUCAAUGUUGAUAUCCUUUCUAAUGCUGCGUAGAAAGCGAGUGAAGAAAACCAGGAUGCAAAAACGACAGCAUACAGUUUUAUUGAUCAACUCCAUAGAAGUGGCUCACAUAGAAAACUAGAACUAUGUUCUGAAAGUGACUGCAAUCUUAAUUAAGCCAUGUUGUUUAAUCAGUGACAUUUAGAAAUAGAAUUCUUGCUUUGUCAUUAAUGAUAGUUUUCAUUUUCAACACAAUAUUGAUGUGUGACAACUUAAAGGACAGCAUGUUUCUAAACUUUUUUAUUUUUUCAGCAAAAUUAAUUCUUUUCAUGCCUAAUCUACUAUAAACGUGUUUUAAGGUAGCUCAUUACACUAAAGCUUAUACUAUUUAUGGCACUACGUCACAAGAUGGCGAUUUAAAUGUUUUGUGAAAUUAUUUGUAUUGAUUGAUUUGUUUGUCUAUCAUCGUAGCUCAGUGGUUAAAGCAUUGGGCUGGUGAACAGCAGAUCUCGGGUUCAAAUCAGCCAGUCUUUUUUUCAUAUGUGUUGAAAUAUCUUUUUUUGAAAAUCAUGUUUUUAUCCAAAGAAGUAUAGCGCACUUGGUAUGCAAUUUCGCCUAUACAUAAAUACUUUUUUCUUGAAUAUCAUUUUUUACAAAUAUUCUGCUAUACAAUGUCAGUUUAUACUUGUGUUUACCCAAAUUACUCAAUAAAGAUACAGUGAAACUUCUUCAAACCGGCCCCUCAGAAAACCGGUUUUCCUUGAAUAUUUUUAAAGUCCCGGCAUAAAUCUUAACAUUUCCUUACAAAGAACAUCUUACAAAACCGGCCACCCCUGAAAACCGGACAUCGGCCACUUUUUAAAGUACAUUUGUUAAAAAACAUGUGUAAUUUACCCUUAACAUACCGGCCACUUUUUGAAAACAAGAAAAUUUUGGCCAGAGGGUGAUAAAGAUCGGCCAGGUGUGCAGUUGGACUGACCAACAGGCCAGGUGGGAAAUCAUCCACCGGAGGUGUGAAAAACACCAGUGGUCUCUUUAAUUUCUAUUGUUUACCUGUGCUUUCAGGGGUGUUAAGUGACAAGUGACCCUUCCAAAUUCUGUACAAAAUGUAAGAAACAGUUAGGAACGUAUUGAAUGAAUACAGUAUCAAACGCCAUAUUGUUGCACCAUUCUAUCGUGGAUAUAAGCGGUAGUUAAUAAAGAAAACAAACCCAUGACUACUAAUGAUAACUUAAUUUUCUUGGUUUCCUUAGACUUAAAAUCCUUAGAAAUAUUCAAAUCAAAAUUUCUUAUUUACUACUGUACUUUUUAAAACGUCAAAACAAAUUUGUUAAUGAUAUAAGCGAUGCAUGUAAAUAGAGUUUUUAUAAGUAAGAUACAUUCCAAUAUGCCUCUGUGUUUUCUUUAUGUAUCGGAAUCUUGUUAUAGAUUUUCAGUUUAAAAUUAGAUGAUUUCAGUGAGAAUAUUUCGUGUUAAUUACACAGGCAUAAUUACCUGUAGGUACAAGCGGAUUAAUUUGAUCUCCGCCAAUAAUUGAUCAUAGAUCACCAGAAGAAAGGGAACAGUACCUACUUUGUGAAUAUUGAGAUAAAAUGUCUCUAAAUGCUAAAUUCUCGGUUAACAAGCCACCCCUCCAAACCGACCGGGUUUUUUUUUUCGGUCCGAGAGUCGGCCGGUUUAGAGAAGUUUCACAGUAUUUACAUGUAUAUGUUAAUAGCUAGUAUCUUCAUCACCGUGAUUAUAUAGAGUAUAUAGUAGAUGUAACAUAAUGGUUAAGAGCUCUGUCAUAAUUUAGAAACACAAAGAAUGCCUAAUAAUGGUAAUUUUUUUUAAUUUUUAAAAGUAAUUUGUUUCCAUUUUAAUGGUAUUUUUCUUUGGAUCAUGUUGUGUUAUAUCUCUGUGUUUGUUAACCAUACCGGUAUCGGUGUCCGUUUUCGGUUUUUGUAUUUACAACACAGUACUAGAUUUACCGCUUUUGAGUAGGCGACAUUUCAAGUUUAAGAAUUUAUACUUAUUAUUAUUGGGAUUUUUUUUUUAUUUGUGUGAAUCAAUUUGAACAUAAAGAUUGUUCCCGAGAAGUAAUUCUGUUCACCGGUGUAGCGGUGAUCGCUGUCGCUGGUGCUCAGGGUCGCUCUAAAUAUAGCGGUAGCCCUGCUGUUCGACGCUCGCAUAAUUCGACCCAUAGGUAACUGUAAACAUUUUAUAUGGUUGUAAUCAGCAAUUCUUGUGAAGUAUGGUGAUGAAAAAAACCCAAAAGACAAUAAAACAAUUGGUAUUAUUGAA